AUACACCUCGGCUAUACCUAAACACACAUUACAACGGCAUCUAGAUCCCCAAUAGAGUCCGUCACCACAAAGAAAAACAACCAUGAACGCGACGCCCGAGACCGAGGCGACCGACACCGGCAUCCGGGUCUCCGUCACGCCCUCGCAGUCGUCCUACUUCGCCGGCGAGCCCUUCGCGGUUACCAUCACCUUCACCAACACGCGCUCGCCCACCGCGCCCGCGCCCUCCGUCGCGCGCUCGGCCUCGCACGGGCACCACCGACGCGGCGCGCACUCCAUCAGCUCUGCGCCGCUCGCGCGCCCGCCAACCAGCCCGGGUACGCCCAGGGCGUCUGCGACACCGACGCAGACGAAGAUUGCAGGAGCAGGGAGGACGUACGCGCGGAAGGGGCUCGUUGGCCCCGAGAGGAAGAAGGAGGUCGGGGCGGAGCACGAUGGGGAGCAGAGGAGACAUAAGAUGGGCGGCAAGGCGCUCUCGGUGUCCGUCACCGCCCCGCAUGAAUUUGCGCGCCCCGCGUCGCCCGUAACGCCCAACACGCCCGAGGACGUCCGCAGCCCGCACUCGCCCAAGAUCUCCUCCCCGCUCGCGCGCACCGCCGCCUUCCCUGCGCGCCCGGGCCACCCGCACGCGCGCAAAGACUCGGUCAUCCUCACCGCGUCCUCUUCCAGCGCCUCGGACGCGGGCUCGGUCCCGCCCACGCCCAGCACCUCCUUCACGCUCUCGCUCGCGCCCAUCUCCGAAAGCACCAGCGCGCCGUCUCCGCCUCCGGUCCCCAUCCCGCCCACGCCCUCGAUCUCGACCUCUUCGCCAUCCCCGCCGCCCGCGCACCGCUACCCGCCCCGACGGCCCGCGCACCUCGGCCUCGGCCUUCCUUCCACGCCCUCCUCCUCCUCCUCCUCCUCCUCUUCCUCCUCAUUGAACAUACCCCCGGCCCCACGCACCGCCUUCUCCUCCUCCGCCUCGUUUUCCACCGCGCCCAACACCGAGCUCAUCCUGUACGCCUACGCCCAGCUCACCGGCACCCUCGUCCUCGCCAUGGACAUCGCCGUCACCACGCCGCGCCUGGGCGCGCCGCCUACGACGACGAAGAGGCACGCCAGAUCCGGGAGCCUGCUCGGUCUCCUGUCGCCCGCGGCGCUGCUUUCCCCCGGAUCGUCGUCGUCGUCGCCCGGCGGGCACCGCAGGGCGGCGUCGUCGGUGGCAGCUGCUAACGGACACGGGGGGCUGGGCCUCGGGAUCGCGGUGAACGGCGCGGCGGGGGAUAGAGAGGAAGAGGUCGAUCCGGACGAGCCGCUGCCGACGCUCGAGGUUCAGCCUGCCCCGCUCGCGGUCGAUCUGGCGCUCUCGCCGGGCGAGUCGAGGACCUAUACGUACUCGCUCGUGCUCCCGGAUAACCUGCCGCCGACGUUCCGCGGCCGCGCGCUCCAGUUCUCGUACCAGCUCGUCGUCGGGACGUGUCGCGCCGGCGCGGGAUCGGGAAGCAGCAGCGCGUCGAGCAGUCGGGUGAUGAAGGUCCCGAUCAGGGUGUACAACCAUAUCUCCGUGAAUCGCGCGCCGAGGCCGUACGACUUGCUGUGGCCCGUCGCGAAGCGGAAAGCGGGCCCGACAGCGCCGACGGUGACGGAGGGCGCCUUGGCCGCCUCGUCCUCCGGUUCUGCCACGACGUCCUUGCCCGGUAUGUUUCUUUCUCUUGAAUUCAUCAUUGUUGUUGUUGUUGAUCUCAUCGCCGGGGCGUAUCUUAAAGGUUUUGGAUACCCCCUUGACGACCGAGAACGGGAAUCGCUCGGCGCGGUGCGCGAGUACGCGCGCGGUCUCGGGGUCGGGGUCGGGGUCGGGGUCGGGGUCGGGUCCGCGGCGGGGUUGCUGGUCGAACGGGACCAUGAGGACGAGGGCGCGUUGACGGGUUGUCGGGAGGCGGUCGAGAUAUUGACGCGCAACCCGCGUAAGGUGUCGUACGACGUGAACAAGGACGGGGUGAAGGUCGCGGUGCUCACGUUUCCAAAGUCGGCGUAUCGGCUGGGCGAGACGGUGUUGGGCGUCGUGGAGCUGAAUCGACGUGGGGGGCGGGCGAGGGUGUUGAAGCUCUCGGCGACGUUGGAGGCGCACGAGUCGUUGCCGGGCGAGAUCGCGGGCCCGGUGGCGACGAGCGCGAAGCACGCGAGGCGGGUGCACGCGGAGCAUCACGCGUCGUUCGUGAAGGCGGCGCUGAGGACGACGUUCGCGUUGGAUAUCCCGUCCGAUGCGGCGCCGGCGUUUGGGGUCGAGGUGGGGGAGAUUGCGGGAGGAGGAGGAGAGGGAGGGGCAGGAGGGGGAGGGGCAGGAGAGGGGAAGGGCAAAGGGAAGGGAGGGUUGGAGUGGAGGGUGAGGUUGUAUUUGUUGGUGGCGGUGGCGGAGGAGGGGGCGAAGGUGAAGGGGUUGAGGGCGGAUGGGGAGGGAGGGGAGUGGGGUUCGUCGUGGAAGGCGACGGAGGGGAUGGCGCCGAUGCAGAAGAGGCCGCCGCCGCCGCCGCCGCCGCCGCCGCCGCCGAUGCCGUCGAGUAGUCCGGGGAAGACGCAGGAGGGGGCAGGGGCGGGGGCGGGAGCGGUGAGGUCGUGGGGCGCGUGGGCGGCGAGUUGGCUCGGGGUGUCGGACGAGGUGGGGUAUCAUGACGGGGACGAGGAGAUCGAGGACGCGUAUCCGGCGGAGGGGAGGGACGAGAAGGAGGCGGGGGUGGAUUUGGGGGAGGGGGAGGAGGGGUGGGAGGAGGUGAGGGUGGAGACGGUCGAGUGCGAGGUGCCGGUCGGGGUCUGGCCGGGGAAUACGGCGUAUAAGGCGGUGGACGUCGUGUUCGAUGUGUAGGGCGCGAUGAGAUCUAGUGUUGCGCGGAACUGGCGGUGAAGGAGUUCCCGAACAUCGGCGGGCGCGAUGAGGAUACAGGCGUCGUUGGACGCGACGCGGUGGGCGGCUGGGUUCCGCGGAUGGCGUCCUCCCCAGUAGUGCACCGGCCCGUGGGCUCUGUGCUGCAUUCUCUCCAGGCGCCGGCGUGGGCUGCAUUCUUCGCAUGGACGGCGCUUUCUCCCGCGACGCGGUCUCCACACGUGAAUCGACGACGCCAUACGGAUGUUUAUUCUACGCUGUUGGGAUUUCCGAUCAGUUAGACGUACGAGGACGUGCGCGAAUGCAAUACGAGAGUUGGUUUUCGCGAGGUGGACACGAGAAGCAGCGGACAAAUCAAAUACGCUGUUUACUCAAAGGCAUCUUACCCCAGUUUGCGUCAUGAUUAUGGAGAGAGGAGAUCGGG